CACGCGCGCACGCAGACACACACGGACGCACACACACACAGACGCACACACGCACGCAGACACACGCAGACGAACACACACACACACAGACACACGCUAUUCCUGCCGACGGUUCCGUCACCGCUCGCAACUGCGAGUUGCGAGAGAGAGCGAGCGAGCGAGCGAGGAGCCGUACGUUAACGCGGCAGUCACGGGAUGUUGGCGCUGCGCGUGAGUUGAUGGUUCGCACGCACUGCUAUUUUAUUAUCACUAUACGACCGCUACUUCUAAUGUCAUCGUUGUUGUAAUUCGCCUAAACGUUAAUAAGCAACUAUCAACAACAACAACAAAGCCAUGAAAAACUAGCGGGAGAUCUUCAUGGAGGACAUGCGAUUAUAUUAUCAUCUCAUCUCUGGGUGCUGCUGCUGCUGCUAGGACUGCCGCGUAAUGAUCAACUUUGCUGAAGGCUCCGACUGCUGCUGCUGAUGAUGAUGAUGGCAGUGCAGAAGAUGUUGACGAUGGCGCUGGUGGUGAUGAUAAAGUUUCCAUUCUCUGGAUUUGCGAUGAAUGGAAAGUGAUUUGGGGCGAUUCUCCGGACCCGUGCUCAACCUGGCUGACUAACGCACGCGCAUUGCGUCUUGGGCAGGUAGUAGAAGUAUGAUGCUGCCCUGGUCUGCGAAGGACUGCGGACCGCUGUCCAUUCCCCUGCUGCUGAGCCUCCUGGUGCUGGCCGGGGCACCCAUGGCGAGAGGCUCCAGCCACCACAGAGGCCCUGGCCACGUGAAGAUGGGCACGUGCGAGGUGGUGGAAGCCCACCGCUGCUGCAACAAGAACAAGAUCGAGGAGCGAUCGCAGACCGUCAAGUGCUCCUGCCUGCCGGGCCAGGUGGCCGGCACCACGCGCGCCCGGCCCUCCUGCGUCGAAGCGUCGAUAGUCGUGCAGAAGUGGUGGUGUGAAAUGAAGCCGUGCCUGGAGGGAGAAGAGUGCAAAGUUCUGCCCGACCGCACGGGGUGGACCUGCUCCAACGGCAACAAGGUCAAAACCACCAAGGUUAGGACGUAGCCUAUGUGAGUGGCCACGUAAGCUUCACGGUUCUACCCUCCGAAGAGAAGAGAAA